UGGUUUUGUGUGACGAAGCGUGUGUUGCGUGUGCUCUGCUGCGCUGUGGGCAGUGUGUGGUACUGCCUUCUCUUUUUGCCGCUUUGGAUUUGAGGACAUGCGUUUCCUUAUCGCGGCUGGGGCGCAUGGCUCUUAGACUACGACUCCUCGCGUGCCUUUGGGGCCCGCACGGACAGGAUUGGGAAUGCGGGGUUCCUGGAGUUGUUUUCGAGCUCCUUUUGGCCCAGUGCGAACGACUCCCGCCGCGCAAGCGAUGGCGGCGAGGAGGAGGGCGCAUUCAAGCAGCCAUGGCGGCGUUGCUGCUGUGGGCUUAG